GUAUUUUCAUUUCGUGUAUACUAUGUGCUUCCUCAGUGGUGAAGUUGUAAAGCUGGGGUUCUGAAUUCUGAUGGUUGGAUCGAAGCAUCUGGUCUCGAACAGCAGUUAAUUCUUUUUCUAUCAUAAUCCUACAUUAUUUAUAUUCAGCAGGAUGGACCUCAACAUGACAAAUCUUUGGUUUCAUGGGAAGGAACACAUAGCUACUUCUUCAUUCUCCCAGGCUGAACUGGCUGCAAUGAAUUGCAGGAAUGAAGACCUAGCUGUAUCAGCAGUGAACUUGGGUUGCCUCCAGAGCUCAGAAACAGCACAAAAUUCUAGAAAAUCAUGUCAGCAUGACGAUCAAAGUUUGGCUGUUCCUGAUGAUGGCUGCAGGCUGGUCCUUGGACUCGGGCCUACGCCAAAUGUAUAUUCUGCUGAAAGUCACUCAUUUGGUGGAAACAAAGGUUGUGAAUCUGCAAUGUUGCUUACCCAUCAUUGUGCCACAACCGAUCCUGGUUUAAUGCUGGGUCUUUCAAGAUGCAGCUCAAGAAAUUUACAACCCAUGACAGCGAGUGGCAGUGAGAAGUAUUCACAUGCAAGAAAACAUGGUAUUGUAUUCCCACUUAUUGACGAGGGAUCAACUUCAGCCAAAAGGAAAUUAGGUGGUUAUGUGCUGCCACUUCUGUUUGCGCCAAGAUCAGAUGGUCUUGGUCUAAGUGGAACAUUUCCGGAGACCGAUGUACAACAGUACACUGUAACUGGAUGUGAUGCUGAAGGAGAUCAUGAUAGAUUGCUUGAUAAUCACGAGGUUCAGAUUAACCCUGAUCUGUCCAUGACAACUGAUUGUUCUUUUGCUGCAACAUCUGAUAUAGUAGCCGGUACAACUAGUGCGGAGCAGAGAAGUCAUCAGCGCCAUCCAAAGAAGUGCAGGUCCAAUGGGUGUUCAAAAGGCGCAAGGGGUGCAUCAGGUCUUUGCAUUUCCCAUGGAGGUGGUCAUAGGUGCCAAAAGCCUUGUUGCAAUAAAGGUGCUGAGAGCCGAACAGCAUACUGCAAAGCUCAUGGAGGAGGAAAACGGUGCCAAGAGUUAGGCUGCACCAAAAGCGCCGAGGGGAAGACAGAGUUCUGUAUUGCUCAUGGUGGCGGUAGCCGGUGUGGCAUUCAGGGAUGCGUGAAAGCAGCAAGGGGGAAAUCUGGAUUCUGCAUAAAACACGGUGGAGGGAAGAGGUGCAGGAUAGAGGGCUGCACUCGGAGUGCUGAAGGACAGCAUGGGCUGUGCAUCUCACAUGGAGGCGGUCGUCGUUGCCAGUACCCAAACUGCGGUAAAGGAGCACAAGGAAGCACCAUCUUUUGCAAGUCCCAUGGUGGAGGCAAAAGGUGCAUGUUUGAAAGCUGUACCAGAGGCGCUGAGGGCAGCACGCCGUUCUGCAAAGGGCAUGGUGGCGGGAAGAGGUGUCUCUUUGAGGGAGGCGGCAUCUGUCCUAAGAGUGUUCAUGGUGGAACUAGCUUCUGUGUUGCGCAUGGAGGGGGCAAACGUUGCGUUGUUCCCGGGUGCACCAAGAGCGCUCGUGGUCGUUCUGAUUGCUGUGUGAAGCACGGUGGUGGCAAGCGUUGCAAGUUCGAUGGGUGCGACAAGAGUGCACAGGGGAGCACAGACUUCUGCAAGGCCCAUGGUGGCGGGAAGCGAUGCGCCUGGAGCACCGGCUGCGAGAAGUUUGCGAGGGGUAGGAGCGGUUUAUGCGCUGCGCAUGCAACCCUGAUGUCUUCCAAGCAAGCUGUUGAGUCCGGACAGGGAAGAAGCAUGGUCGGGCCUGGCCUCUUCAACGGCAUUGUCUCUACUUCCUCAGCAGCGGGUAGCAGCAUGGACCAUGCCAUCUCGUCUUCCGGCCGUGGCGUGUGGUCGGACUGCGUCGACUCGUCGAGAGACAUGCAGAGCGGCGGCCAGCUCCUGAUACCGCGUCAUGUGCUGGUCCCUGGCUCUUUGAAGCCCUCUGCUUCGUGCGGCCUAGACGGACGGGAGGAAGGAGGGAGCCGGAGCCGGCGCUUUGGGCUCGUUGUGCCCGAGGGAAGGGUGCAUGGUGGAGGCCUCAUGCCCAUGCUCGAAGUUGGAGGCAACCUGGGAAGCAAUCCUGAUGGUUCGAAAGCCUGAAAUACCGAACGUGUCACGCAGUGAAUGAAGGCAAAGAAUCGAUGCUAUUUUUGCACGCCUCUGUUAUAAACUUAUAGAUCUUGGAUGCAGCAUAUCCUUGACUUUCAAAUGGCCACUGCGCUUUAUUGUCAAGCGUGAGUGGAACUGAAUUAUCGGGCAAUCAGGCCUUGUGUAAUAUACAUUUGCUAUUUACUGAGUGCUUCGAGCCUUUUGUUGCUUGAAA